AUACCCUUAUUUUAACCUAACAACAUAAAAAGCAGCAGCACACCACUGUCACUGUUUCCAUCACUCCCAUCUAUAACACAUACACACAGGGAUAUUGUUGGUGCCAUGACGUUUCAGGGAAUGAUUUAUUUGCAUGGAUAUCAGUGUUUAUAAUCUGCUACGCCUUUUGUGACGCUAAGAAUAUUAGGUUAGGCAAAACAUUGCAGGUCACCGUUCAACUGUGUGUGUGUGAGGAGACAACACCACCAGAAUGGUUAUGAGAUGGGUAUCGCUAUAUCUUUUGCUUGGGCAUCUCCUCAUAGUAGGCGCUGGCUCUACCUGUGUUCCUCUUGAAUGUCUGACAUGUAACGCAACGGGAAAUACUCAAGCAGAUCCUUGUGAAUUCUGCACUCCAGAAAAGUGCAUCAAUGAUACUUCAAAGAUUCCAUCCAACUGCAAACAAGACUUUAAGGUUUCUGUCAACAGCAAUGGAUCCAAGCUUCAGGAGGGCAAUGACAUCACUCUAGAAUGUGUCCAUAACCUUCCCAAUUUGAUUACGAUGUUUGGGUGGAAGAAGAAUCUGGAGGAACUCUAUGAAGGCAAAAACAAAAGCACGCUGUCUUUCAAACAAGUUCUGUCCGAUAAAGCUGGCAUGUACAUCUGCUUUGUGAAAAGCCUGUGCGGCGAUUUCGAGUCUCCACCAUACAAUGUCACUAUAGAGAAUCAGAGUAUUUUUCUCAUAGUGGUCUGUGGUAUUUCCGCUUUGGUCCUGGUCUUGAUUAUGGGGAUGGCUAUGAAGUUCAAGCUGAAAAGAGACAACGCGAAACACAAAGAGAGGAGGAAGCAGAGGGCAGAGGCAGAGCAGAGAAGCGGUCCCGCUCCUUUCACACUAAGAGAGUCCUAAAUAAGACUCACUAUAUCACUUUCAAAAAGAAUAUGAUUACUGCUAUUGUUUCUUAAUUUGCUUUUGUAGUGUUUUGUAG